AUGGUCAAAGUUAAUAAGGAUCCGUUCAAACAAUAUUUAAAAAAUCUAGAAAAACCGAGACAUUCGCAGUCAAGUCAAGGGUCCGUCAAAAGGACCAAUCAAGAUGUGGAAAAUAUACUUGCCACUUGGUUACAAGACAACAAAACAAAAAAAUGGAGUGAAGGACUAAAAUUUGUUCAAUUCAUAAAAAAUCGAACCUUACAUCAUGGAAUAAAAUGCAGCCAAUAUGAAGCAAUGUUUGGAUGUAGUGCUAAAAUUGGAUUAAAAUCAUCGCUACUUCCAAUAUCAAUCAUUAAUAAAUUGAAAACCGAAGAAGAUUUAGAGGCAGCUAUUACGUCAAUGAAUACUGGAGAUCAUAGUGAAUUUGAUGAAGCAUUGAUUGAAGAAAUUAAUGAAGAAAAAAAAAUAGAUAAUAGAAUAAAUAAAAUAACUACUGUAAGAACAGAAAAAGUGGGUGAAACCGUCAAAAUCAAAAUACCUGAUGUAGACAGACCUCACAGCGACCUUCGUUGUAUUCUCGGAGUUAUCCUAUCAGUCCAUGACGAUAACUAUAAGAUAGGAACCACCGAAGGAAAGUUAGAUGCAAUGAUAGAUGUAAUUGGCCUCAACAAUGUUUAA